AUGCUCUCUGCAUGCAAGGCUGUCAUAUCUGGAUCAGCUGCACUUCACAUGGUCUUACCUGCCAACACAUGCAGUUGGCCAUUGUCAGACCUUGAUAUUUAUGUCUCCCAUUCCCACCAAGCUCAACUAUACAACCUUCUGCAGAAUCAUCACUUUACAAUUGUCUGCCAGGGCCAUGCCUGCCUCAAUGACUACUCCCCCUCCACCAUCUUCACUGUCACCACUUUCAGUAACAAUGGCAAACUUGUCAUCAUCAUCAUCUCCAGAACAUCCUCUGUGCUCUCCCCAAUCUUUCAAUUCCAUUCAACAACCAUCAUGAACUUCUUCAGUGCCAACUCCCUAUUCUGCACCUACCCUAGCCUCACCCUUUGUCACUGCACAAUGAUCAAC